AAUACAAAUAUAAGUAGGUAGGCACUACUAUUUACCAACAAUAAGUAAUUUAUUAUUCAACUAGAAUACUGAACGACUGAACAGAAUAUCAUAAUAUUAUUUUGUUGUUUACUAAGUGAUAACGUUUGUUUACCGAGAGUAUUCUUUGCAUAUGGCGGCGUGUUUCACUGAUAACAAGAAGACGGCUAUCUAGUAUUAGUAUAUAUCUGUGAUAAUAAUAAAUCAUGAUAUUUAUUGUUAAGCCAUCGUCGACAUGGAGUAAACAACAUUACCUUGUAGAUUCAACCUAACCUGUUAUACGUUAACAUUGCUCGUUUCGUUAGCGCGAUAUUCGUAAUUGAAAACAUUUGCCGUUUCAACAAUUGACGCUCGAAUCGAUUCCAGUUAUUAGUAGUCAUCGAAUGCAAUUUUUUCAAAGUAAUGGACGACCAGAAAAUCUUGCCAGAUGUUAACCCUAAAGCAUAUCCUUUGGCUGAUCAGCAGUUGACCAAACAAAUUUUAAACUUGGUUCAACAAGCAAUGAACUAUAAACAAUUACGUAAAGGAGCAAAUGAAGCCACUAAAACUUUAAAUAGAGGUAUUGCUGAGUUCAUAGUUUGUGCAGCAGAUGCAGAACCAAUAGACAUUUUGCUACACUUGCCUUUGUUAUGCGAGGACAAAAAUGUGCUAUAUGUUUUUAUUAGAUCAAAACAAGCAUUAGGCCGAGCAUGUGGUGUUUCAAGGCCAGUCAUAGCGUGUUCCAUUACCACUGAUGAAGGUUCACAAUUACGGUCUCAAAUACAACAAAUUCAAGCUGAAAUUGAGAGACUUAUGGUUUAAUUUUGUACACAUUUUAACAUUUGUCAUACUGAAUUGGGAAUAUUAAUAAUAAUAAUAUUACAUC